AACCCGUGGGUGUAUAUAUACCCCCAUACACACUGAAACUACAGAUUGUUCAGUGGAACCCCACACCACACAGCUCAUCGGUUUGGGUACAGCUGAAGAAAAGGACAUAAUGGCUCUGACAAACCCUAUGCCCAUGGGCCCUUGGAAGAUCACCGUCUAUGAUCAGGAGUAUUUCCAAGGCAGGCGCAUGGAGUUCACUGCCUGCUGCCAGAACAUUAUGGAGUGUGGGAUGGAGAACAUCCGCUCCCUGAAGGUGGAGUGUGGGGCCUGGGUGGGCUACGAGCACUCCAGCUUCUGUGGCCAGCAGUUUGUGCUGGAGAAAGGUGAUUAUCCUCGCUUCGAGGCCUACAGUGGCAGCAACUCCUAUCGCAUUGAGAGGAUGAUUUCCUUCAGGCCCAUCUGCUGUGCUAACCACAAGGAGUCCCGUAUGACCAUCUUUGAGAUGGAGAACAUGAUGGGUCGUCAGUUUGAGCUGUGUGAUGAUUACCCCUCUCUGCAGGGCAUGGGCUGGAUGAACAAUGAGGUCGGAUCCAUGCAGAUCCACUGUGGAGCAUUUGUGUGCUAUCAGUACCCUGGAUACCGUGGCCACCAGUACAUCAUGGAGUGUGACUGCCGCGGAGGAGAGUACAAAUGUUACCGUGAGUUUGGCUCCCACGCCCAGACACCCCAGAUCCAGUCCAUCAGAAGGAUCCAGCACUGAGAAGGAAGAGGAUUUCCUUCACGCCUCCUUUUUUCCUCCCUUUUCCUUUCUUUCCCCCACACAUUUCCAUCCCUUCUUUUCAUCUUCCUGUCCCAAAACCUUCAACUCCCCCAGCUCUGCUAAUCCGGCCGGUCAAAGCAGGACCUGGGACUGAACUUCAGGUGCUUGCUGACGUCAGUGGUUUCCUGCACAUUUGCUUUUUUUGUUUUAAAAGAAGCAACAAAAAUAAAGGAAAGUUAUCACACAGACAGGUAUUAGGAAUGACAGAUUUGAAAAUAAAAUUGAAUUAAUCCAAAGGAAUGGAUGCUCCAGCUUGAUGAUGAAAACAUUUCGAAGUUUAUUGCUCUUUUCCUUCUCCUCCGCGGAUGGCCUCAUUGUCACCACCACUGUCCUCUAAACCCUAACAACCACCAGUCUUGGAGCUGAUGUGAUAUCAAUUACUGCCUGUUUUUAAGAUGAUAAAUAAAGAAAAUGAGCAAAGAAA